GGUUUGUGGUCUGUGACUCAAUUCCUGUCAGAUCCUUGAGCUAGACAGAAAACGUAUUUUUUGUCUUCACGUGUGAUAAACUUGAAACUGCUUUAACGGAUCAGACAUUAGAAAUAUUGACACAUCAUUAAUAUGCAGUUGCUUUGGAGUCACCUGUUUCUCCUGGAAAGCUGAAAUGAAAGCGGACCCAGAUUUACACCUGUGCAGAAGAGGUGUAGUACUGGUCCGGUCCACUUCAAGAGCAGAAUACCCAUUACAUACGACAACAAGACCCCCUAUGAGCACAAGAACCCCUACAGACAUAAGAUCCUCUACAGACACAGGAUCACAGCCAAACGAGAACCAGAAGGUCGUUACCACAGCCAAUGACACUCCCACACCCGCUAACACAUCCUCACUCAACUGCACCCAGAGGACUUCCACAGCCCCGCCGCCCACGACCCCGGUCAUAACGGACUCCACCCACACCAGCAGCAAUGCCACGGGUGGCGACAACCCGUCCCAGGACCAGACCACGGUCGUACCCCCGUCAACCGAACCCACUUCGACCGUUACCACAGGGACACCGCAGCUGGUGCAAACCAUCGGCCAAUCAGAGGCAAAGGUGACCACUGCCGCGGGGACAGAUGUCGUUCAGACCACCAUGACAGGCGCACGACAGGGAUCCAGUGAUGCAAUAGGUUACGUAAUCCUGUUCUUCAUAUUAAUGGCCAUUUUCUUUGUGCUGUUUGGUAUCUACUUCCUGAGAAAGAAGUCCAGGAGAUACUCGUUUGACCUGCAACGACCAGGUUACGACCAUGAGACCCCGCUCACUGGCAUGGAACAACCCGGAACCUUUGAACCCACCAAAGAGAAGGCUGGAGGGUUUGAGAGCAUUAGCCAGGGUGGGGCUGAGGGCAGGGCUGAGGAAGACCCCCAGACCCCGGUGCCCAACGGGUCGGCUGGGGAGCCCGACGCCACCAUGUCCCCUGGAGAGAACGCAAUAGAGAAGAAGGAUGAUGAUGAUGAUGAAGACAUCUUCAAUCUCUGCUCUGAGAUCAGUCUGACUCCACCAGUGAAGAGGGUGGGCUUUAGCUUGGACCUGGACCUGAGUGACAAGCUGUCAAACAAGUCAGACGCUGGAGACAAGGAGCAGAAUGCCAACAACAAUAAUGUUGCUAUGGCAAUUUUCCCUGACACUCUUGGCCUGACCUUUGACCCCAUGGGUUCAGUUGGUGUUUUCAGUGACAUCAGUCUGGAUGUAUAGACAGACAGACAGACACACACACCUAAAUUAGUCAGUGGGUAAAAAGGUUCCUCUAUGCCCUAUUUUUUGUAACAUCUCAUCAGGAGCAUGCCCAGAUGUUGUCAGGCAUGCCUACAGGCAUGUGGGGACCAUACACACUACUGAGUAACAAUGUGUUGCCGUGAUGAAAUUCACAGUAGUUACUUUAGCUUUUUGAGUGUGAAUCCAUUCCUCAAUCGGUUGGUGAUUUUGGCUUUCAUUGACCAUUUUUACGUUAUUAUGUUCUCAAUGAAAUACACAAUGUACAGUGAAACUUAGGAUCCUUCAUGUAAUCCCUUCAUCGAGACACCGUGUGAUUUUAGUAAUCCCUUCAUUUUUUUAAAUACUUUUUUUGUGGGUGUUUUUAUGUUAAACAUGAAUUGCAACAAAAGCGGACAAUUUCGGUGUGGUUCUCUUUCAGAAUAAAGUUUUUUCAA